AUGCUUCAGCGUAAAGAAGCUAGAUCUCAAAAGUACCACAGUGGCAAGAAAGUGUGUCGUUCUAGCGAGACUUGCUCAACUACCGCAACUGUAAAAUCGUCUGCGAAUAAUUUUGUAACAAGGGGUAACAAGAAUAGCAUAUCCGUGUUCUUCACAGCUGCACAAAAAGAUAAGACAAAAAAAGCAAAACCAAGCACAGUGGAAAAUAGUGAUGAUUCCAUUUCUGAAGUAGAUUUAGAGAAUGACCAAAUAAAACAACAGAAAGAUAAAACAAAAGAAGCAGAAGCAUGCACAGUGACGACAGUGGAAGAUAGUCACACCUCCAUUUCUGAUGGAAAUUUCGUAACUGAUCAAACAACAACCCUAGACGAAAACACAAGACAAGAAGAAGCAACCACAGGGUCGACAAUGAGAGAUAUACUUAGAGAUGGUGUAAUUUCUGCAGGAAAUGUCGAAAAUGGUGGAACAACGGUCCAAGAAGAUGACGCAAUAGAAGCAGAAGCAGCCGCGACGUCAACGAUGGGAGAUAAUAUGGAGAUCUCUUUUUUAGAUCAACCAAUGCUUUGA